AGAAGUAUUCACAAUCGUUUUAGAAUCUGAGCGAGAGCAAACACAUUUCAAGAAAAAUGUCGGAAUUGAAUUUUGUGGAGAAGUGCACCGAAUUUGCUUUGGAGUCCACAGUGGAGCUAUUUGACUGUAUGAACUUGCAGGAGCAGGACGAGAAAAAUCUGUCGGUUGAGGACUGUGAGAUGACGUUGAAGCAGCUGGAUCUGGACCAGGUGCAGCGUCGCCAGAGCAUUGUCUUCGAGAAUGCCCAGAAGCAGGUGGCUGUGCUCGAGAAUCUGCUGAAGACCGUCGAGCCGGACUGGCAGAAGGCCGUGGAGAAGCCAAUGACUGACGGAGAGUGCCCGCCGCCGAAGGCCUAUCGCUUCAAGGACAUCUAUGAGCGCAAGAAGCAGAAGCUGCGGCAGCAGCACCUCGAGGAGGAGCGUGCUAUGCGCCAGUUCCACAGCCGUCCGAUGCCCAACUUUAGCCGGGUCCAUCGUUACCUGGCCAACAGGCCCAUUGUGCAUCGCAUCACCUGUGCGGUCACGCCCAACGUGCUGAAGACGUCGCGGCAAAUGCUGCUAAAGCGCAAGCAAAGGAUCGAGCAGAUGCAGCGCGAGCAGAUGCAGCGCGAGCAGGAGCAGCUGCAGAAAGUCAAAAUGUGUCCCAAGCCGAAGCCGGUGCCCAGGCUUAAGCCGGCUCCACUGAAGCCGGCCAACGCUCCGUUGCAGCUGGAGGUCAAGCCGUUUCGUCUGUCCACUGAACUGCGCGCCGAGCAGCGCAAGAUCUUCAAUGCUCACUCGCUCGAGACUCAGGAGGCCAAGCGUCGUCAGCUGGAGGAGCAGCGCAAGCGGCGCGAGGAGGAGGAGUUCCAAAAGCAGCGCCAGCUGGCCACGUUUCGUGCUCGUCCCAAUCCCUUCAAAUAUCAGUUCGGCGGAAGUGCCAAGCAUUAGUGUUUUCCGUGUUUUGGUUAUUUGAUUAGUUUAUUGCAAAUUUGUAAAUUGUUUAUCGUUUUUAUAGUUUUCUGUUUCUUAUUGUUCAU